UGCACUUGGGCCCUUCAUUUACUGUGCUUUCAAUAAUCUCUUGCAAUAUUUAUAUCAACCCAUUUGCUCUCAUGUUUUCUCAUUAUACAAAACUUGUUCACUUAUUCAAAUGGCGAUCAUAACUCAAGUUUUUCUACUGGCAUCCGUCCUCGUUUUGGCUCUCGUGAACGCUGAACAUGAGCUCUACUCGAGCCAAGUCCUCGAGGGAUCGGUCAAUUGCCUCGACUGCCCUCGAGGCUCUGAUCUCUCAGGACUUCAAGUUUUGGUGAAAUGUGACAAAGUGAAGAAGCUGGCCAUGGCCUACACCGAAGAAGACGGCAGCUUCACGACGGCGCUUCCAUCAGACGGCGACGCGGCGGCGGCGGCGGCUCCCUCCAACUGCAUGGCGAAGAUCAUGGGCGGGCCCCAGCAGUUAUACAUCUCGGGAAAGGAUUCCGUCGUCAAAAUUGCUAAUGCCAAGGAAAAGGGUGCAGGCCAUUUCACUACCUCCACACCUCUCACCUUCUACAAAUCAUGCCCUGCAAAGGGGAGGUGUGGUGGCAAAGACAUGGGAUUUGCUUCUUCCAAGACUGUCGAUGUGCCUUUGCCAAGAGAGUGGGGCCUAGCACCAUCUAGCUAUUACGUCCCAUUUAUCCCCAUAAUCGGGAUUCCUUAAUUAAUUAUAUUACUGUUUGUGAUAAUUAACAGGAUAAACAAAGAAAAACAUGUUUGUUUGUUGUUUUUAUAUGUUUGAUUAAGUGUUUGAGUCGGAGAAAGAAGAGUAAGACGAGUGUGUGUGUGUGUGUGUGUGUGUCAUAGAUAUGAAUAAGUUUGUUUCUUUGUAUGUACGAUGUUUGUAGCUACUUUUGUAAAGUGGUUUGCCCUAGUCUUCAAUUUGUCUUCUCGAAUUCUUUGUUGUGCAAUCUUUCAUGUUGUUUCUCGA